GUUUCUAACUCUCCUCUACGGACUGGUAAGAUACUCUCGUUUACUGACCUCCAGAGCUCUGUUUCGUGGGUUUGUUUUAUCCUCCCUCCUCCGCACCAUCAUGCCCUUUGCCGGCCACGACCCGGAUGGCUGUCUUGGUAGCUGAUUCAACCGCUUGUUUAAAGAAAUCGCCCAUGAUGUUUUCUUCUUAGAGAAUGGAACCCGUUAAUAAUAUUAUUAUCCCAAUCCUUCUUCUUACUGAGCAGCCAAAAUGUCGUCUGGUCCAGUACAUACGUACGGUCCGAACUGCCUCCGUGCAACGCCAAAGCAGGAUCUUUUUGCGUUGCGAUCGUCUACCACGCCCCCGAAAAUCCAUGCUCAGUUUUUCUAUACAUCGUCUCUUCCUAUCGAUGACCCUCUGACACCACUACCAGCGCCUACCACGUCGGCCACCGCGAACACGGCAUUCGCACCGCAACCCUUUUCUGCUCGAGAUAAUAUCGCUCUGGAACAGACGUGGAGAGCUUUGGAGGACUCCCAGAAUACAAAGCGUGGAAAUGAAGCAAAUGAGUCUGUCGAGCAGACAGGGAAAGCUAUUUUGGUUUCUCGCCGUAAACGACCGCAAGAAAAUAUAACACCAUCUGCCUCUAUAUCAACUGUUGCAGGGAAUAGUUUAGAGGAGUGGGAACGGCGUCAGAAUAUAACGGGCCAGGCUAGUUUGGGGAGUCCGGCGUUGCUGAGGAAGAGGGAUGUAUCGCCGCUGGGACGACGAGUUAAGGCGGCAAAGCGGACGAGUGCUUCCUCUCCCGGAACAGAAGACCAGGAGUUUAAUAUGCCUGGUUCCCAGGACGGAUCUGCUGCAGCUCAUGUUAGCGGAUCUCCGUUUGCCAGAGCUUCGUCAAGACAAUCGGGGACGCCGUCAGAUCUCGCCACAGACAAUAUAACGAAGCGUCGCAGCGCGCAUUUUGAUGAGUUUAAAGAUGAACAGAUUCAAGCAGAAUCCCACAACACGGCGGACAAGCAUGUUGCUGGAGAGGAUCGUACGGCUAGAGAUAUUGAAACCGGAGAAGAUGCAGAGGAUGACUCUGCUCAAUAUAAAAUUCCUGUCGGAGUAUCGCGUCUUCAUUUGGUGGAACUUCCUGGAUUGAAGAUGAAACCAAUCUACUGGAGCCCGGUGCAUGACAUAUCUGACGUUUUUCGUGCCACCUGGUUUUAUAAAAACACGAUGCUUCCGGUUGAGCCACCUCUUGCAAAUGAACUGGAAAGAGGAUACGAGUAUAUGCGUGCCUGGACAGAUACCUGGCAAGAUGAACUCAACAGUUGUGUCGAGAAUGGCGCGGAUGCGGAAAUGAAGGUUAUGUACAAGUUGUGGCACGAUGACACCAGCGCAAGCCGGCCUAGUACGGUACAGGAAGGAGAGCCAUCCACCAGUGCAGUAGAUGGAACUGGGAAGGCCAAUGAUAAUAAAAGCAUAUUCGCCCAGAAUAUGGCUGCAACAGGGGCCGCGGAGAAGCCAGGCUCUACUCAUUAUAAAAAUGCUAGCGUCAUCUUUGUUGAUGGGAAAGACGCUCAGAUCCUCCGUCCUAGUCUUCUCCCUUCUGUUUCAAGGAAUCGCCGACCACUUAGCUCCAUCCGCAAGGGUCGCCAAAUCGGUAUACCUGUUGUCCGUGGGUUUGAUAGGAAGCAAUGGGACCAUUUCCAUCCAUCUAAACAGACGAACAUCGAUAUGAGACAUUACAUCAUGCGACCCCAGACAAGAAAUUCCAGAGGAGAGCAGAUUUGCUAUGCAUGUGCUAUUGAAGAGUCUCGACCAAAUCCGUCUGACCUGAUUCUCGUCAUCCAUGGGAUUGGCCAAAAACUUUCGGAAAGAAUGGAGAGCUACCACUUUACCCACGCAAUCAAUGGUUUUCGCAGGUCUGUGAAUUUGGAAUUGAACAACGAAGAAAUCUGGCCAAAUAUACGACCGGACCACGGGGGGAUUAUGGUGCUACCUGUCAAUUGGCGGUCGACCCUGUCCCUCGAAGAUAACGAGUCUGAUCCUUUAAACGUCGAUGACCCGACUGCCAACCAAUAUACUCUCAAAGAUAUAACCGCCGACACAAUUCCUGCGAUCCGCACACUCAUCAGCGAUGUUAUGCUGGAUAUACCUUACUAUCUGUCACAUCACAAAGACAAGAUGAUUCGAGCACUUGUCAAAGAGGCGAACCGGGUGUAUCGGCUGUGGUGUUUGAACAACCCUGGAUUUCGCGAGCAUGGAAGAGUCCACUUGCUUGCCCACUCUUUGGGCAGUGUCAUGGCACUCGAUGUUCUGAGUAACCAACCUACCAAACUUCCAGACAUUGACUUUCAAUCGGAGGAGUUGCAUGAUGAUGUUUUUGAGUUUGACUCUAAGAACGUUUUUCUCUGCGGAAGCCCUGCCGGUCUCUUCCUGCUCCUCAAUAAAGCAAACCUCCUUCCUCGAAAAGGUAGAAAUAAACCGGGUAGAGAAGGGGAAGACAUGCAACGAGGCGUUGCUGGCGAGGCUAAAACAUACGGUUGUGUGGCAGUUGACAACCUCUACAACAUCAUGCAUACUACCGAUCCUAUUGCCUAUCGAGUCAACGCAGCAGUCAACAGCGAGCUAGCCGAUUCCCUCAAGCCAGCGGCCGUGCCCAGCUCCUCUUCCUCCUUCUUUUCCUCUCUCGGAAGCGUAUUCCGCUGGAGUUCCGCGAACAAGACGCUAUCCUCCAGCCUCGCCGCUCCCAGCGCCUCUUCACGACCGGGCGCAACAAAGCUCCCAUCCAACGUCGAACUCGAGACGCACGAUUUCACGCGCGAAGAAAUCGCCGAGACACGCAUGCUUCUUUUAAACGACAACGGGCAAAUCGACUACUACCUCUCCGGCGGCGGCGGUCCGCUGAAUAUUCAGUAUCUCAAUAUGCUCAGUGCUCACAGCAGUUACUGGAUUCUGCCCGACUUCGUUCGUUUCAUUGUUGUCGAGAUCGCACGGCGCCAGGAUCCGAGCGGUACGUUGUUAGCUUUGCGUGCGGAGAAGAAGAAGGGUUGGAAAGCGUAGCUUCUAUACAAUGCGCCAACAAAAUAACUCAUUUCGACUAGAUUUGCAUAUCUCGUCUUCAGUCGGAUAUAUUGGGCUGUGUACAAUUGUUCUCUACUUCUACUUGGUUAGACUAACAAUACAUUUAUCGUGUAUCUUAUCUUGUAUAGAUAGCAUAUGAUAGCGUUAGUGUUCAUUGGCUUAACAUGGAACAUAUACAAAUG